GAUGCUGAAGCCCAUGGCAAUAAGAAGAUCAGUGCUCACAUUUCCCUCUUAGAAGAAAACCUGCUACUGCAAGAGAGAGGAAAUGUUCUCUUGAGGAAUGUGGCUUGUACCCUAGAUGAUGCUCCAUUUGUACUAAAUAAAGUGCUCUACCGGGACAUGAAGGGAAUCAGCUUCACAGUUGUGGAUGAAGGUGUGCCAAUCCAUGUUCCCCAAGUUCAGUACCAUGGGAACAUCUUCUUCUGGAACAAUUCCCGCAAUGAGGAUGAUCGUAAUGGGUCAUUCCUGGCUCUGCCUCUUCAGGAUGAACACAUGAGGAUCUUUGGGGUCUUGGCUGUUGAUACUCUUAGAGAUCCCCGUGAAAUAAACAUCUUCCUUCCUCAUGAGAUCAGAUUCUAUCAGGGUGUUGCCAGUGUCUUUAGCACUGCCUAUCAUUAUGUCCACAGCAGAGAGCACAUCCUACAUACUGUGGUCACUGGCAUUGGCUGGCUCUUCAACAUCACACCUGCAAUCACCUCCAUCACUACAUACUUUGUUGAGCCCAGCCCAGACCAGGUGACAGACUAUAUUUUACGUGAUAUGAUGGUUACAGGGCAGAUGGGUCUAACAGAAAUCCACACAAAUCCCCCUGUCAUCUCCAGGAAGUUAUGCAUCUUCAGAGAUUUCCUCUUCAAGUGUACAGACAGUUCAGAAGUUGUUCUGGCCUCUACCUGUGGAGAAACCCACAUAGUAAUUCCACUUCGUGAGAGAACAGGAGAGGCUCUGGGGAUCCUCGACGUUAACAUUGGCCACACGAGAAUGCUGCUGUAUCAGGAAUAUAAAGAUCUACAGAAAAUGAUAAAGAUGAUCCAAGCUGCCUGUGAUGAACUACUGGGUGAAUUCUCUGGAGAGAUAAAGAAAAACUUUGUCUUAGAGAUGGAAAAAUUAGGGGAAGUCCAGCGGGCAGGAAUUCUCUUCUUCCGAACCAUGCUCCAGGAGCUGCAGGACGGCCUCCAGCGACUUAAUUCCAUGGAUUUUGUGUCACUGUUGCUCUAUGACCACAACCUCCAGACAGAGCCUGAAAAUACCAAGUCCCAGGAGUGGGAGGCUGACGUAAACCUAGUGCAUGAUGUGCUGAGAGCAGUUGUCUUAUUCUUUCAUCCAGACGUGGAAUUUUCAAGUGACUUCAAAAAUUGGGAUAUUUGUAAAUUUUAUAUUAACAGAUAUUUAGUUGAGCAUAUCUGUGUCUUUGAUCCAACUGCUCUCCAGGAGGAAGUGAAUUUACAGCUCAUUAAUGAACAUAUCAGAGAUCACUCCCGAAUCGAAGUGUGGAAAUUUGGUCAGGUUGCCAUCGAACUCCUUUACCACUGGAUACACGUCUCCUUAGCUCUCAUGGAGCUAAAGAAAAAAGCAAAUACUGGUAUUAUACCUCCACUGCCCUCCAAGUGUGACAAGUAUAUAUACACAGAAAUGCCAGGGAGAAUCUUGCCAGGGCAAAGCUAG